GCUCCUGCAUCAAGGACACGUUCCUCUUACUUUCCGCUUUCCAAAACUGCAGCAGCAUUGCUCGAUGCGGAGUCGUUGUCUCGUUCCCAAGAGAUUGGUGUACAUGGAUGACUGCCCUCCGCUUCUGUCCCAGAAACUUGAGUAGGGGAAAUACAUGGAUAUAUUGAACUUGACUUACUCUGAAUUGUCGCCUCGAGUACCUUAUGCUUUGGCUCUGCCUCUUUCCAGCGGCCAUGAAUGUGGCUGGGAGGCCGUACAUAUACAAAGAGUUGUGCUCACCAGCGCUUCUCUACCUUCUUCCUUCAAUUCGUUCCACAUUAAAAGGCUCGGAUAGUGUCCAUAUGUGUCAGAGACCUCUUCUCAAAACGGCCGCUGAGAUGGCUCAUGUUGUUCCCUGUCUGCUUCUGUCCUUUCCAACGCAGUUUAACUAUCUGUGUUCUCCAAACUCCUCAAGAAAGAUCGAAAGACCUCUAAAUCGAAAUGAGAGUCAUCGGAUUCUAAAAUCAAAAAAAGAGCAUAGGUGCUUUGAAUGUCACCCAGUUCGGCGGCACUCCCUCAAACGACCUGUCAUACUGCUUUCCUCCACCAACACAGAAAGACUGCGAUCGUUUCCUACACGUUGUUUCUCUGCUCCAAAAGGUACACUUGACCAUUGUAUGACACCUCCGUGCACCAGUUGUGCUUAUAAAUGCCCAUCGAUCUUCUUUCUCUGCCACAACAUCCACUGAUCGACCAAUGGCAAAAGAAAGACCACGCGAGACAUGACUUGAUUUUGAAAGGAAGGAAGGAAGGAAGGAAGAAAGAAAGACAGAAAGAAAGAAAGGAAGGAAGACAGACAUUAAGUCUCGAGCCUUUUCCGCCUUUACAACAUCGAAACCGUCAGUCUCAUGUUGUGCCUGCUCGAGGAUACUGGGACGAUGCCAUGCGCAACUUCCUCAAUUUAAAAAUCCAGACUGUCACGAAUGCCUCUGCCUUCUGUGCCAAUAUAAGCCUGCAGCCCGUAGAGCAAGGACUGGCAG